UUUGUUAGUGGGCGAGUCCUUUGCCGAAUUGGUUCUCUUGUAUCCUUGAGUUUACCAUAUUCUCCUCGUUUGACUUUUCCUUUAUUUUUGCUGUGAAAUCCCAUUUAAAUUCUUCAAAAUGAUGGGCUUCAUGUUCAACAUCGACGCCGGCUAUCUGGAAGGGCUGUGCAGAGGAUUCAAGUGCGGUAUUUUGAGGAACUCGGAUUAUUUAAAUCUGGUUCAGUGCGAGACACUGGAGGAUUUGAAGCUUCAUUUGCAGGGUACAGACUAUGGUAAUUUCCUUGCUAACGAGCCUAGCCCGCUGACUGUGUCAGUCAUUGACGAUAAGCUGAGGGAGAAACUUGUGAUUGAAUUUCAGCACAUCAGGAACCAUGCCGUUGAACCACUCUCCACAUUUUUGGAUUUUAUCACGUAUAGUUAUAUGAUUGAUAAUAUUAUUCUGCUUAUUACUGGAACUUUACAUCAGCGCCCCAUAUCUGAGUUGAUUCCGAAAUGCCAUCCUCUUGGCAGCUUUGAGCAGAUGGAAGCCAUCCACGUCGCAGCUACUCCGGCUGAGCUUUAUAACGCUGUUCUUGUUGACACUCCUUUAGCGCCAUUUUUUGUGGAUUGCAUCAGUGAGCAAGAUUUGGAUGAAAUGAAUAUUGAAAUUAUCCGAAACACUCUUUACAAAGCCUACCUUGAGGCAUUUUAUACAUUCUGUAAAAAGCUUGGUGGAACCACAGCUGACACAAUGUGCGAAAUCCUUGCAUUUGAAGCCGACCGACGUGCUUUCAUUAUAACAAUUAAUUCAUUUGGAACUGAGCUGACGAAAGACGAUAGAUUCAAGCUUUAUCCCCGUUGCGGCAAACUGCAUCCAGACGGCCUGGCUGCUUUAGCAAGGGCUGAUGACUACGAGCAAGUCAGGGCUGUCGCCGAGUAUUACGCUGGAUACGAGAGUCUGUUUUCUUCUGCUGGAACUCAUGAAGGGGAGAGGACCUUAGAAGAUUUAUUUUUUGAAAGAGAAGUACGUUUGAAUGUAUACGCAUUUAUGCAACAAUUCCACUUUGGUGUGUUUUACUCGUAUUUGAAACUGAAGGAGCAAGAAUGUCGUAACAUUGUCUGGAUUUCUGAAUGCGUAGCUCAAAAGCAUCGUGCCAAGAUUGACAACUAUAUCCCCAUAUUCACUUAAAAAUGGCCUAAAAUGUAAUUUUAUUUAACAGGAGUUAUAUCAUUCCAAUUUUGGGACGCAUAUCUGUCAUCCACCUCCUCGAUAGUUAUUGUUUUUGUUGAUAUUUGUAAAUUUUAUUGUAUAAUCACUUCCUCUGUACAGUUAUGGAAAUUUCAAAUGAUUUUUAAUCCUUUUUUUUUUUCAUUCACUCAAGACGAAAAUCACAAAAUAAUAAUUUUAUUUCUCAUUUUAAAAUAUUAUAUAUAUAUUUAAAAGUAUUAUGUAUUGGGAAAAUGUUCAAAAUCAUUGAGCUACUACAUUCCUGUUGUGUGUUGUAGAUAAUAAAAAGGGAUAUUAGUGUGAAAAAAUAUAGAAAAUUAUAUAUAUAAUUAUAUGCGUUGUUGUAAAUUAUAUGAUAUGUUGAAUUUUUAAUUAUAAUUCUGAUAAUAGCGUAAAGCUUCACAUGCAAAAGUGAAGUUUAGCAUACUUAGAAUAGUGAUGGUUGGGAUUGCUUGUAAUAAUAAUAAUAUAUGUACUUAUUGUUCAUACUAAGGAAUAUUGCGUACAGAAUAUAAACUUGAUCGCUACUAUACCUUUUCCUUAGGUUUAUUUCAUUAUUCAUAGUUUUCUGAACCUCUAAUAUUAAAAUCUCCUAUAACACUAUUUUUAUAUCCCAUUCCAUUUUGGUUGUGUUUGGAUUUUUAGCCAUUUUACUUGGUGGGUUUGUUUUCUUGCCUCACCCUGCUUAUAACCCUGAUUAAUCAAACUACUUUUAAGCUGCCAGAUUAAAAGGUCAUUGAAGAAUAUUUUGAGACAAAUGUAUCGUUGUUGACUAUUAUAGUUCUUUAACUGUG